AUGCCGGUGAGGCGGAGGAAGGGGGCGCCGGGGCGGAGGGCGAGGGCCUGGAUGAGCCGGCACCUGGAGGCCGUGCAUGAGGUUGAAGUCGAUGACGUGACGCAGUCUGGCCGUCGAAGGCCUCGGAGGAUGGCUUGGUUGGCGGUGAAGUGGGCAAAACUUGAGCAACCAAAAAGCAGCGAAACCCAGACCCUUGAAUCCCAAACAACACCAGAGCACACGACCGGACCCAAAGCCCGGCCCAACGGUUCAGAAGCUGGUGAACUUACUGACGGCCUUGGUGCCCUCGGAGAAGGCGUGCUUGGCGAGCUCGCCGGGGAGGACGAGGCGGACGGAGGUCUGGAUCUCGCGGGAGGUGAUGGUGGGCUUCUUGUUGUAGCGGGCAAGGAGGGAGGCCUCCUGGGCCAGCUUCUAGAAUACGUCUCCACGCUCUUCGCCUUCUUCUUCUUCUUCGCCUUGCCGACGCCGCUCUUGUCGCCUCCCCCCUCCUUCGACGCCCGGGUCCCCGCGCUGGACGGAGUCGGCGCAGGUCAUGAGGAGGUGGACCAGCCGGAUGCCGUGGUCCUCCUCGUCCUCCAGCUGGACGAUCGGGAGCUGAGGCGGCGCCCCUUGCGGGGCCCACGUGGAGGAGGAGGCGGAGGCGGAGGAGGCGGAUGA